GAGCGCACCCGCUCUGAGAGGACAGGAACGACAGAUCUGCUUCAAAGGUGUCUCCAAAAUCACCACACAUUUGUCGCUAUUGCUUUUAAGACAAUAAGUGUCAGAGGGUUUGGAACGACGUUAAGUGUCGGGAGAGUCAGCAGAGCAACACUGGAGCUGCUCCGUCACUACCGGGAAAAGGAGGAGAAAGUGAAAGUGAAGCAGGACUGAGGAACAUCUCAGCAGAGCUCUGGGCCUCGGAAGAUGUUCUGGGUUUACUGUGAGGGAUGCUGCUCCAUGUUUGUCAUGAAUCUUCUGCCCUCACGGACCUAAAGAUGAGACGUUCCGAGGAAAAGGAGGGAAACGAGCUCAAGUCCUCGACAACUGAUGGAUCCAAAGAUCAGGAUCCAAACUUCAAAGCUGAACCUGGAUCUUCAGGUGCAGAACGUCUGCAGGUCAGACGAAGACUCCAUGCUACAGCAUCCAGCUGUGGGUCCAUGAAGAGCGACCUCUCUAAGGAUCUCCCUAUAAACUUCACAAAUAAACCUUCACCUUCAGGCUCACGACGUCUGCAGGUCAGACGAAGAGUCUAUUCUUCAGCAUCCAGCUGUGGGUCCAUGAAGAGCGACCUCUCCAAGGAUCUCCCUUUGAACUUCACAAAUAAACCUUCACCUUCAGGCUCACGACAUCUGCAGGUCAGACGAAGAGUCUAUUCUUCAGCAUCCAGCGGUGGGUCCAUGAAGAGCGACCUUUCCAAGGAUCUUCCUAUAAACCUCAGAAAUAAACCUUCACCUUCAGGCUCACUACGUCUGCAGGUCAGACGAAGACCUGAUUCUUCAGCAUCUAGCUGUGGGUCCAUGAAGAGCGACCUCUCCAAGGAUCUUCCUAUAAACCUCAGAGAUAAACCUUCACCUUCAGGCUCACGACGUCUGCAGGUCAGACGAAGAGUCUAUUCUUCAGCAUGCAGCGGUGGGUCCAUGAAGAGCAACCUCUCCAAGGAUCUUCCUAUAAACUUCAGAAAUAAACCUUCAGGCUCACGUGUCCACUCUAAGAGGAAGAGAAUUAUUAUUUCUGAGGAGGAGCAGCCAUGUGGUAAAGGACCAAGAAGAACCAAGAGUCAGAGCGGAAGAGUCCAAAAUGAUGGACUAAUGGAGCCUUUAGAUGAACAUCAGAUCAAUUUGAGGCGAAGAUUUGAACAUGCAACUGAAGGAAGUGAAGAAUCUGGAAAGGAGAAGCUCCUAAACCGGAUCUACACAGAGCUCUACAUCACAGAGGGACUGAGAGAAGACGUUCAGACCCAACAUGAAGUGAGGCAGAUGGAGACCUCCUCCAAGACCAACAGGUUUCAUGAUGCUCCAAUCAGGAACCAGGACAUCCUGAAACCUUUACCUGACCAACAUGGACCCAUCAGAGUGGUUCUGACCAGCGGCGUCGCUGGAGCUGGAAAAAGCUUCUCGGUGCAGAAGUUCACUCUGGACUGGGCCGAGGGCUCGGAGAACCAAGACAUCAGUGCUGUGGUUCCUCUUUCCUUCAGGGAGCUGAACCUGAUCAGAGAUGAGCAGCACAGUCUUCUCACUCUGAUCCAGCGGUUCCAUCCAACGUUCCAGAAGAUCCCAGCAGAGCAGCUGUCUGUCUGUAAACUUCUGUUCAUCUUUGAUGGUCUGGAUGAAAGCAGACUUUCUCUGGACUUCAGCAACAGUCAGGUGGUGUCUGAUGUCACCCAGAAGUCCUCCAUCAAUCUGCUGCUGAUAAACCUCAUCCAGGGACGUCUGCUUCCCUCAGCUCUGGUCUGGAUCACUUCCAGACCUGCAGCAGCCAAUCAGAUCCCUCCUUCAUGUGUGGACAGACUGACAGAAGUACGAGGCUUCAAUGAUGCUCAGAAGGAGGAGUACUUCAGGAGGAGAUUCCCAGAGGAAGAGCUGUCCAGUAGAAUCUUCUCCCACAUCAAGAGCUCCAUGUCCCUCUACAUCAUGUGUGAAGUUCCAGUCUUCUGUUACAUCACUGCUGUGGUUCUGGAGAACAUGCUGACCACAGAGCAGAGAGGAGAGCUGCCCACCACCCUGACUGACAUGUACUCACACUUCGUGAUGGUCCAGACAAAGAGGAAGAAGAAGUACAAGCAGGAACAUGAGAAGACCCCACAGGAGCUGGCAGAGGCUGAUAGGGAAGUCCUUCUGAAGCUGGGAGACCUGGCAUUUGAACAUCUGGAGAAAGGAAACAUCAUGUUCUACCAAGAAGACCUGCAGCAGUGUGGUCUGGAUGUCACCGAGGCCUCAGUGUACUCUGGAGUUUGUACUGAGAUCUUCAGAAGAGAGUGUGAGAUCUUCCAGAAACCGGUCUACAGCUUUGUUCAUCUGAGCGUUCAGGAGUUUCUGGCUGCAGUCUACAUGUUCCACUGUUACACCAACAAGACAAACAAAUUACAAACGUUCCUGAGGAAAUGUGAUAACUAUGGUAUGAAAGAUGCAGUAGAACUUGAUGAACUUGAUGAAAAUUCUGAAUUUAACAGCGAAAAUGAAGAUGAUUACAUGAGUGACUAUCCCGACAAAGAAGAUGACGAUGAAGAUAACUAUGACGAUGAAAAUAUAAGUGAGAAUGAAGAUAAAGACGAGUAUGAAAGUGAUGAAAAUGAUGAAUACAAUGAUGAAGAUGAAUAUGAUGAUAUCAAUGAGGAUGAAGAUGAAGACGAGGAUGAAGAUGAAUAUGAUGAUAUCAAUGAGGAUGAAGAUGAAGACGAGGAUGAAAAUGACGAAAAAGACGAAUACUACGAUGAAGAUGGAUAUGAAGACAACUAUAAUGAGGAUGUAAGUGACUAUGAAGAUAUAGACGAGUAUCAAAGUGACGACAAAGAUGAAUCUGAUGAUGAAGAUCACUAUUAUGAUGAUGAAGAUGGAAUAGAGCAGUAUGAUGACAGAGACAUGUGGAAAGACAAACCUAAAGUCAAAUACGAACUUGGAAAUGGUGACUCAAACAUCUCAACUCUGGAUGAGUUUCUGAGAAAAGUCAUGGAGAUGUCCCUGCAGAGCAAAACUGGACAUCUGGACCUUUGUGUUCGCUUCCUCCAUGGCCUCUCUGUGGAGUCCAACCAGACUCUCUUAGGAGGCCUGCUGGGUCAGACAGAAAACAAUCCAGAAGUCCUCCAGAGAGCCGCCAACAAUCUGAAGAAGAUGAACAGUUUCAAAGUGUCUCCUGACAGAAGCAUCAACAUCUUCCACUGUCUGAUGGAGAUGAAAGACCUCUCCGUUCAUCAAGAGAUCCAACAGUUCCUAAGGUCAGAAAACCGAACAGAGGAGGAACUGUCUGAGAUCCACUGCUCAGCUCUGGCCUACAUGCUGCAGAUAUCAGAAGUGGUUAUGGAUGAGCUGGACCUGGACACGUACAACACAUCAGGCGAGGGUCGUCGGAGGCUGAUCCCAGCUGUGAGGAAUUGUAAAACGUUCAGACUUUCCAACUGUGGACUCUCAGAGGGUGAAUGUGAAGUCGUGGUUUCAGCUUUGAACUCCAACCCGUCUCAUCUGACAGAACUGGAUCUGAGUAACAACCAGCUGAUGCUUUCGACAGUGAAGGUUCUGUGUGCUGGACUGGAGAGUCCAAACUCCAGACUGCAGAUUCUGAGAUUGGAGAGCUGCAGUUUGUCAGAGAUCAGCUGUGCCGCUCUGGUCUCAGCUCUGAAGUCCAACCCGUCCCAUCUGACAGAACUGGACCUGAGCGGAAACAAAGACCUGUCUGAUUCUGGAGUGAAGCAUUUCUGUGGUCUUUUGGAGAGUCCGGAAUGCAGACUGAAGUCUCUGAGACUGGAUGACUGCGGCUUGUCUAAAGCCAGCUGUGACGCUCUGGCCUCAGCUCUGGAGUCUGGUGGGAACCAUCUGACAGAACUGGACUUGAGAGGGAACAAACUGCAGGACUCAAAUGUUCGGCCGCUCCAGAACCGGAUGACGAGUCCGCAAUGUAACCUGCGCACACUAAGAUGGAAAUAUUGGCACUGAUCGGAUCAUGGGUUCUGACGACCAAAGCCAGUCCUGCAUUCAGAUGUUUGGAGAAGAGGAGGUGGAGAUGACUGCGCUGGAGGAUUUGGAAAUAAUUUAUUUGUAAUUAAAAAAAUGUAAACAAGAGAAGACCAACAACAGAUGUAUAUAUCUAUGCAGAGACAUAUCAAACUCAGGAUAAUUUGUCAUUGAUGUUAAAUGAAAGGUUCCUAUUCUGGGUUUGGAAGAUCAUCGUGAGGAUAUUGUUUUAGGGAUUUUAUUGGUGCUUUUUAUAUUUUAUUGUUUCAUGUUUUUAUUCAUAUUUGAUUUUCUGUCCAGCACUUUGGUUGCUGUAUGUAUACAUAAUAAAUUGAUUGGGUGAUUGAUCAGGA